AUGAACCUGCUCGCCGCAGAAAAACACUGUUCAACGUCCGAGUAUUGUUCACUGUUCACUGCCGGAGUACUGUUCACUGCCGGAGUACUGUUCACUGUUCACUGUUCACUGCCGGAAUUAUUUUCACAGAGUCCUGUUUCGAGCAGAGAAGAGGGGGAACAAGAAAAGAAAAAAGAAAAAAGAAAAAAGGAGAGAGAGGGCUGGCCGGAAAAUGGUGCCGGAAAAACCUUUAUUAAGCAGUGCUCUGAAGAAAAUGUUAACGAGUGGCUUUGUGAACUUUGUCAGGUAAGUGCUACAGAUCAACGUGGCCUGAAUAACCACCUCCAAGGAAAAAAACACAAAUGCAGUGAGGCUGCUUUAGGAGCACAGAAGGACGAGAAAAACAGCAGCAUUAGUCUUUUCCCAAAGAAACCAAAAUCAGAGGAAGGAUCAUCAGGUCCAAUCGAUAAUGAUCAACCAUCAGGUGCAGAUGACUUGAGCAAGAAUGCAUAUGAGUUCGGGUGUGAGACAUGCAAGAUAUGGACCAACUCUGAAAAGUUGAUGGAGAAACAUAGGAUAGGAAAGAAGCAUGCUUAGCGUAUGGGAAAACCUUAUUGGUAAGGACAAGCAGUGUUAAGAACAAAUG